AUGUCGCGCCAGGGCCCAUUUCCGACCCAGCGAAGCCGUCAGCCACCAGAUCAGUCCUACAAUUAUGGAGGAGGUGGCAGCUUAUCAACGCCGCCAUUGAACGUCAGCCGAAACGUCAGAGAUGUCCAACAAUCCGGGAGAGGGGCAUCGCCCCUGCCCGCAUCUUCAUCAGCCCCCAUGCGCCCUGCACGAUCGAACUUGCGCGAGCGUCUAAACUCGUCAGACUCUGUGCCGUCAGCUAAUCAAUGGCGCCCGGCCCAUCAGCCAAGCGACAGCUAUGCCUCGGCACGCUUUGCACCUUCCGAUGAGGAGCAAGGACUCAUUUACGACGAACCUCAACCUCAACCGGAGGCGGAGACACCGAAGGCACUUGGUGCUGUCAUUGCUGCUUUUCAGAACGCGGGCGAGACUAGGCGUAAAAUGACGAACGGAAGUGCAGGAUCGGAGGUGAAUGGCCGGUCAAAACGGAGGGAAGGAAUCGAUCGAUCUCGAACUCAGGACAGGGAAAGGCGAACGAAUGGAAAGGGCCCUACAAAUGAGUUAGAUGCGAUGUUGGACAAGAUUAAAGACAAGUGGGGUGUUCUUGCUGACGAAGAUUUCAAUCCUGUCGAAGUUGCGCUCUCUCUGCUGGAUAAUUCAUCGGUAGGGCGUGAUAUUGAUUCUUUUCGACGAACGAAACUGGCGCUCGAACGCGCUCUCAAAGCCACAGUCGAUAAGCAUUAUCAGUCCUUCGCCGCGUCUCUCCCCCACCAUGCUGCACUCUUAACUUCCCUCUCCUCUACUCAAGACCAAAUUCAAGAUGCUAAGACGCGUCUGACCGAAGUUCGAGAAGCACUCGGCAGUAAGCGCGCAGAUCUUGUCCAGCUUUGGAGUCGGAAUCAGGCGCUAGAUGAGAUGAUGAAGCUGCUCGAUGAAAUUGACAGACUCAAGAGUAUACCGGAUCAACUGGAGAGCUUGAUGACAGAAAAGCGAAUCCUACAGGCCGCUGUCUUGCUCGUCAAGAAUCUCAAGACUAUCAACAAGCCAGAUAUGCUGGAGGUAGGAGCUGUGGCAGACCUGCGAAGCUACCUCAGCAGCCAGGAGACUGCUCUGCGUGACAUUCUCAUCGAGGAAUUGCACAACCACCUAUAUUUGAAGUCUUUUUGGUGCGAGUCACGUUGGUCUGCGUACACACCCGGCCAGGAAUCCUUGCCGAUUCAAGAAGCGCCACAAACUUCAUCUCAACCCCAGGCGAUACCCAAUGCGCAAACUCCUUCAACUCCUGUUCGACCCCCGACCAAGCUUGCCCGCUUCCUUACAGACCUUGCCGUCCGCCCAACUAUCGACCCAUUACUUGAUAUCAUCCCCUCUCCUCUUUAUUCCUCUCCCCUCAUGACUGCAUUUACCUCAUCUGGCAACUUCCCAGAUGACGUCCAAUCUGGCCCAGCGCCAUCCAAAAAUCCAGAAAGCGACUCUUUCAUGUACAUGGAGACUGUGCUUGAAUCGCUCGCUGUUCUCGGUCAGCUGGGAUACAGCCUCGACGUCGUCGCUCAGCGACUUCCUGCCGAAAUACAUCUGUUGAUCGAAACAACUAUUGACGAAGUCACAGAGCGUCAGGAGUCUCAGCGCCGACAAUCGACUUUCACGCCGUCCUCACGUUUAUCGCUAUCAAACGUUAGCAGCCCAUUGUCGAAUGUCGUCAUCAAAGUGACUAACCUUGGCCGGCUGAGGUCGCCGGAAUUGGAGGGGAUGGAGAAAGAAACCGAGCGGGAAGUGCUGAGGGAUUUGUUUUGGACAUUGUACUCCAAGCUGGACGCUGUUCUGCAGGGAUUGCGGGUGGUAUUUGAGGUCACAGGGAGAAUCAGUUCUCGACGUGAGUUUAAGGACAGCUCUGGUGCUCGUCCUGGUACACUCUUCCCCCUAGGAGAGUUGUAUCAACCUUUGCUAUCAGAGGUCCAAAUGUUAUUGCGCGAUCAAUUGACGGAUGAGGACCGUGCUGCUUCGGUCGUCAACCCGAUCGCUUCCAUCAGCGAGGCGCUGCAAGGUCGAACAUCUCGAGAUCGUACCAAACAUUCGUUCCGCUUCACCGAAUCGGACGUAAAACUCUCUGUCCGUGUGCUGAAGAAACACGAAGAAGAGCUCAACCGCGUGCUGAAGGACAACGUCCCAGGUCUUGUGCAGUCAAAUGCGGAUAGCGUGACUGCCCUUUCACGGGCGGCCAAAGAUGAUCGGUUCGCAGCGACGGAGAAGCACCGGCUUCUCAUUCGCCCGAGUGCCUUUCAUGUGAGCGUGUUGUUCCAUCCGACCCAGGCUUUCCUGCAUCGGAUUGGGGAAAUUCUUCCAUCCUCUGUCUACGACUCCUUCAAAGACGACAAUGCGCUUCUAGACGACUUUGUUCUGCAUGUAUACCUGCCGCAGCUUGAAGACAAGGUAUCCAAUUUGGUACAUUCGGCCAUAUCUGGCCCAGAUGCGUUCGAGGAAGAUCCCACGUCUUUGCGUAUAUCUCCGAAACCCUUGGUGAAGGCCUGUACCCAGCUGAUGGCGGUUAUCAAUUCCCUCUGUGCAAUGCUUCAAUCCACCAACUUCCAUCGAGAAAACUAUAGCCGAUUGAUCCUGUCGGUGGUCAUUCAUUUCUACCAACGAUUCAAUAUGCGAUUCCAGGCAUUGGUGGCGCGCAACUCUAUUGGGCUCGUGCCUGACGUUGUACCAGACGCGAUGCUGCAUAUCUCCGCUCGAUGGGCUCAGAAGCCUGAGGUUUCUGCGUGUUUGUCCGAGCUGUACGCAACCCCUGACACCGAUACCAUAAAGAAGCAGACCGUGUGUCAACAAGAGACGCGCAUUGAGCUGAGCUUCCUCAACAACGAGGAAAUCACUCGAGAUCACCUCAUACCCUUGCGCAACCUGGCUGAGCUCUGUCGCUUACACUACAGCUUGACAUGGUUCAUCCACCAGUUAUCAACGUUGCGUGUCUUGGCUGAAGACCCGAUAUCGCCACAAUCCGCCGCUGAUCCGCUCUCUAAAUUCUUCUCACCAGCAAAGCCGACCUUCAAGCCUAAGCAGGGCUUGUCUGGUCAGCAUUCAAUAGAGAAUGAGAACCUGAGCUUGCCGCUUACCAAGGCGAUGGCAUUACGAUUCGACGCCCUAUUGAAAACAUAUGACCUGCUCGCUGAGGUCAUACUCUUCUCUACGCGCAUAGAUAUCCGUUGUCGAACCAUACACUACCUCAAUCUCGCCAUACGAACAAACGAUUUCCUCAUCGAUCAAGCGCCACUUGAGCCCGACGUCCAAGUCGUAGAACUCAACGCAGACAUGGGCAAAAUCGACGAUUUCGCGGCCAGUACGCUGCCCGAGCGUGAGCGGCGAUUUUUAUUCGAGGGUCUUGGCUCGUUGAUGGACCAAUUGCUCGUUUCGGGGGGCCGAUACAUCAACUUGAUGAACAGUCAUGGCCUGGAGAGGGUAUUGCGGAACCUUCUUGCGCUUGAGCAGAACCUUAAGACAAUGACGGGCGAUGAGGCCCGUGAUGCGGAUCUUAGCAGGGCGAGGAGAUACUGGGCAAUGUUUGCGGGUGGUCCGAAGGAGAUGCUUGAGCGUGCAAAAGUUGGCCCACCUCAGUUUUCAUUCGACGAAUACAGAGCCAUGCUCACGCUGCAGUGCGGUGUUGAGCAGCUCAAGGAAAACCCGGGGUCUGCCGGGCAACCGGAACAGGACAGCGCAAGGAGUAGCAUGACGGAAAACGCGGACCGUCGUGCUUAUAACGAGUUCUUAAUCGACCUGCAUGCGCUUGCUAUUGAGGAUUGGUGAUUUACAUCAGGAUAUGCGCUAAUUAAGAAGGCUAGGAUUGUAGGAUAUUUUACCUGUACGCACUUGCACGAUAGAUAUCU